AUGUUGGGGAAAGUGAAAAGCAGCGUUAUUGUCAUUUAUAUGACAAUAGGACUGUUUUAUAUACUGCUUAAUAUAAGGGCAUCUUCUACUUAUAUGAGACCAAAACGACAGAUGUGGUCUGUAGAUCAUCCAGCAAUUGUUUUAUAUAGACAACACCCGAGUGCUAUGCGAAAAUUUUAUUGGUACAACAACAGGACUCCGAUUUUGGUAGGAAAAAUGAGACUAAAAAACUAUAUGCGCAAUGUGCAUAUGCUGCCAAGAUACGUACACUCCCCUACUCAAUAUCACGAAGCUUAUGCCAAUUCAAAAAGGAGCGUCUUUAGGGAUUUGAAUAAUUUUCAUGGAUUCAAAACAACAUCAACGCCGGCAACCACAGUGGAUUACGUGGCUGCUCCCGUUAAUACAAUUGAGUAUAGUACAGGUCCAGUAAGCCCACCAGUGGAUUUCAAAACACAUUCUUCCGUUAACUCGUUUGUACCGCUAACCGCUAGAACGCUUUCGAACGCAGAACGUGUAAUGGGCGUUACGAAUCAGUGGAACCAGUCCGACUACUCCAAUGAUAUCUGGAAAAAGUGCACAGAAAACUGCUUCAAAAACUCAAUUCAAGACUUUGCAAAAGACCAAUAUAGCUCGCACAGUAUGACCAGUGAAUUGCCUGUUACUACAUCAACUACUCUGCCUUAUUUUAAUUAUGUUGCUCACACCUACUUCACUCUUGACGAUGUUAUUCUACCCCAUUCGGCAUCCAAGUUCGGUAAAUCCAGUACACAAGAGCAACAUGAAUUUCGUCCCAGUCUCCAAGUAUUUACCACAGAAGUUCCCCAAGUCUUAUUCACAGAACGUUUUGAGCAUUCAACUCAGCCAAUUCCAACUACCACAACAACAACAACCACGAAAUCUGCGCUUCCAUCUAAAACCACUUUAUUCGAUAUCGAAUAUAGCACUAGACCAAAUUUGAUUAGUUCAACCACUUCAGCUACCGCAACAACAUCAACAGAAUCAUCGCUUUUCGAAAAUAUUCCGAGUUGGACCACUCCACAACCCAUAAAAAAUAACUUUUCCACAACAAAUGUUACAACACAGUCCUUCAAAAACAGAUUGAAAUCUAUGAAAGCUACUAAAAACUUUUCGUCAAAUAUUGAAACUAAGUUGAAAUUGUUAAAGCUGCAUCUGAAAAAUCUCGUUACCACAAAAGAAACUCCGAAGAACAUUCAAAAUUUAACCGCAUCAAGCACAGUUGUUAUCGAUAGUAACACAACAUUGCCCGAUUCUACAACCCCCACGCCCGUAACAAGAAGGACAAAUGUUAAUCGGAAAUUUAGAAAACUACGAGUCUUGGCAUCAACUAAAAAGGUUCCGAUUCAAAUAACACGAAAUUCAACUAAAUCCAUUAAUGUUAAGGCGGAACAUAAAAAGUCGAAAAGAAUUUACCAAAGACGCAAACACUUAAAUUCUACUGUUUCACCAGAACCAACAAAAAACACAACAAUCGACAAUGAAUCGAUGAAUAAGUUUAAACGCAGGGCAUCAACAAGCACGCGAAAAUCGACCAAUGCCGAUGAAAACGGAAUUGUUCGAAACUCAACGAAAUCAAUAAAUCACGCUGUGGCGAAGUCUCGCGCCGACGGAAUAACAGAAGAAAAAUCCGCCUUAGUAACGGAAUCCGCAAUUAUGACUAUUUCCAGCGGCAAUAUGAAGAUGAGGCAAUCAAUGAUAAAAGUAAAGUCAAAGCAGCACAGCGCCAGAAAAAUUAACCAUUUAGAGAACGAUAAUUUCAUACCGUCCCUGCCCAUUGAAGUAUAUUUUAAAAAAGUAAAUCAGCAAUAA